AUGAAGCGCAAGGCUGACGCUGUCGAGGUCGCGAACUUGGGGCAGAAACGUCGUAAAUGUCCGUACCUGGACACAAUAAAUCAUCAACUGCUCGACUUUGACUUCGAAAAGGUUUGUAGUAUCAGUUUGUCGGACCAAAACGUCUACGCAUGCCUCGUAUGCGGCAAAUAUUUUCAAGGCCGCGGCCACAACACGCACGCGUUCACGCAUUCGGUGCAAAGCAGCCAUCAUGUGUUUAUUAAUUUGCAAACAGACCGCAUUUACUGCCUGCCAGACAACUAUGAAGUUGUGGAUAACACCUUAAAGCCUGUACAAGAUGCACUACGUCCAAGCUUUGAGGCCGCAGAAAUUGCUCAGCUGGACCAGAAUCGUAUUUUAGCUCAAGACGCUUUUGGGGUAUCAUACUUGCCCGGUUUCAUUGGCCUCAAUAAUUUGAAGCACACAGAUUACAUCAACGUAGUGGUACAGGCGUUGGCUCAUGUACCACCACUGCGAGACUUUUUUCUGGUCAACAAAAUGGGCAAAAUCAAGUCCAAGCUUGUGCUUCGCUUUGGAGAGCUAUUGCGCAAGAUGUGGAGCCCACACAACUUUAAAAAUACUAUCAGUCCACAUGAGCUAGUGCAGGAGAUUUCUGUGAGCAGCAAAAAACGAUUUCAUGUCGGAAUACAAAAUGAAAGUGUCGAACUCUUGGCGUGGCUGCUGAAUGAGCUGCAUAAGGGUCUUGGUGGAUCGCAUAAGCCAGGAAGCAGCAUCAUACAUAAGUGUUUUCAGGGUUUCAUUGAGGUCACAACGAAUGAUGAAACGAAGGUUGCAACGACAGAUCUAGCAGAUCAUGAAUCGGCUGUCUCCACAUCAAUCUCACCAUUUUUGAUGUUGGCGCUGGACUUACCGUCAAUGCCACUGUUUAAAGAUUCUCAGGGUGGAAACAUCAUACCUCAGAUUCCGCUGUUCACAGUGCUCGAAAAGUAUGAUGGUUCCCACGUAACCCAUAUUCUGCAAGGUUCUCACCGCUUGAAAAAAACUUAUCGAAUUGACUCGUUACCCGCAUAUUUAAUCUUUCACGUUAAGCGCUUCACACGAAACAACUUCUUCACUGAGAAGAAUUCAACAAUCGUAAACUUUCCUGUCAAGAAUCUGGAGCUGCGAGAUUUUUUAAAGCUGGACCAGAGUCUUCCAUCCAAGGAAUCACUUCGCACGAAAACAACUUCAGAUCUGCGGGCUAUUCUGCUUAAGCUCGAUCAAUCGACCAAGGAUUGUGUUGAAAAGGCCGACUUGAUUGAAAAAAUCACGCGUGUCCGUCUACCCUGCACUAAGUAUAACUUAGUUGCCAAUAUUUGCCAUGACAGCCCAGUGACAACCGGUCAAAAGGCUGCUCUACAAACAAAUCCUUUGACGGAGGGCAGCUAUCGCGUUCAUGUUCAAAAUAGAGUACUCAGCUUCAAUGUUUUCGCGAGCUUGGCAAAUACACUAACGGAUUCUGCUUAA